AUGCAGCCGCAGCCGGAGCCCGCCCAGCGGCGGGCGUCGCCGUCCACGUGCUCCUCCACCGCGACGAGGCGGAGCAUCGGGUGCAUGGCCGGCCUCCUCCGCCUCAUCUCUCCGUACCACCGCAGCCACCACCGGAAGCGCCUCACCGCCAAGGACAAUGCCGCGAAGGCCUCGGCGCCAUCGCAGCCGCCGUCGCCGACCAAGAAGAAGGCGGCGGCCCCGGCGUCUCCCGCGCCUUCUCCGGUGAAACCGGCACAGCAGCCGCGGCAACAGCCUCCGGCCGCGGUCCGGCGGCGGCGGUCCUGCGACGCGCCGCGGAGCCCGACGAUCGCGCCGGAGCACCGGCGCUCCAGCUGCGACAGCCCACGGCCGCCGCCGCCGGCCAUCGUGGCGCGCCUCAUGGGCCUGGAGGAGUCCGCGCCGCCCUCGCCCGCCGCCGCCGCGGCGCCGCGGCCCGUCGUCCCGGCCCGCCCGCCUCCCCCGCCCCCGCCGCCGGAGACGGCCGCGGAGAAGCGGCGGAAGCUGCUGGGCGCGCUGGAGAAGUGCGACGAGGACCUCAAGACGCUGCGGCGGAUCAUCGCGGCCGUCCGCGCCGCCGAGAUGCGCGCGGCCGCCGCGUCCGACGUCGCCCCGGCGGCGGCAGGGACGCCACCUCCAGGCAAGGGCGCCGCCAAGUGGAUGGUCAACCGUGACGAGCAGUCGCCGUCCCCGCCGACGCCGCAGCAGCACAAGCUCCGCGCUGGCGAGCAGCAGCAGCCCAGCCCGGACUCGGUGCUGGACGCCAUCAGCUCCCCGAGAUUCCCAUGCAGGAAGCGGCGGCCGUCUCCGUGCACGGAUCUCGAUGCGGGUGGCAAGGCCGGUGGCGGUAACGGCGCCGUGGCCCCCGCCGUCGGAUCGAAGAUCGUGAAACCCUCCCGCACCCUUGUCUUCACCGGUGAGUACUGCAAGAUCAAAUCGGGCGAUGAGUUGCAGCUGCGCGCCGUCCAUCACCCGGUGCCGCUGGUGGCGGGCAUGCCGAGGUCGGCCGGCGCGGAGAGCUGGCGGCACCACCGGCGGCGGUGGGAGCUGGAGCUGGAGGCCGCGGCGGCGGGGCGGGUUAUCAGCCGCGCGAUGGCGGAGAGCGCGGGGGAGGCGAUGUGGGGGCCGCAGGGCGGCGACGAGCGGCGGCGGGAGCGCGCCAUGGUCGCGGCCGCGCUGGAGCGCGCCAUCGUGCAGGACCUCGUGGCCGACCUCGUGUCCGGCCUGCUCGCGCAGUCCGGCCGCGGGCACGGGCACGGCGCCGGGUGCAGGAAGAGACUGUGCUUCUGAUCGGCUGCGGGCCGGGACACUCGCGUUGGGGUUUUGUCGCGUGCGUCGCCAUGUGCUUGAAUUUGUUGGCAGGUCAAGGUCCUGGGGUGUGACCUUGUGGGGUGUGAGUUACUCGUAGCACGAGAGGAAUUAACUGCCGCGGCUGCUGCUGCCGCGCCAUGUAUGGCAGUGGCUCCACCUCGCCUAGCUAGCUAGCCCGAGCUACCCCCACCUGAAUGGUAGUAGUAGAGUAUUAGCGGAUUCGCCGCGGCGUCAGUUGUAGGUGGAGUGAUCAAUGAAAGCGAGUGAUGGCAAGUACACCUGCAGGCAGCAGGUUCACUGGGAUCAGUAAUAAGUUCCGCUCUGAUCUGAUCAUCUGAAAACCGGCCAUGCAUCAUGCAUGCCGAGUAAUUGACGCCGACACCACCACUUGU